AUGGAAACAUUCAGAGUUGAGUAUCUCCAUUCGGAGGGCUUCAAUCAAAUGCUUACCGAUCGGUCCUUCCGGCUAUUCAACUAUAACAUUGAUGGGACCCUUCAGCAGCUGAAGGAGGGCGACUAUCUUUCCCACGAGGUCUCAAACAAGAUUAUCCAGAGGGAGAAGAUUAUAGAUUCUCUCCCAGAUGAUCUAAUUAGGAUUCUCUGCCGCCGCCCGCCGUCGCUCGGCCGCUCCAUGGCAGGCCCUCCGCCCUGCCCUCCUCCCCCUCCCGGCGAAGCCGCUGCGGCCGAUCCCGACUCUCCGGAGCCGAGUGCGCUCCAUCGCUUUCCAGUCACCCUCCUUCAGCCGUCGACGCAGCGGAAGCAGAACCGUUCGAAGCCGACGAAGAUGCUCCACUCCUUCCGCUCCGCCUUCCGCGCCCUACCCAUCAUCGCCGUCCCGCCCGGGUGCCGCAUCCCGACCGCCGCCCUCAGCCGGGGAAGCAGCUCCAACGCCCACCGCGACGGGCGCGUGCACGGCACCCGAACCACCGGCACCCUGUUCGGCCACCGAAAGGCCCGCAUCACCUUGGCGUUCCAGGAGAACCCCCGCAGCGUGCCGCACCUCCUCCUCGAGGUGGCCGUCCCCACCGCCCGGUUCAUGCAGGACAUGGGCUCCUCCGGCCUCGUCCGCGUCGCCCUCGAGUGCGAGAAGAAGGUGGCCACCGGCAGGAAGAGCCGCCGCGUCCUCGACGAGCCCAUGUGGACGGCCUACGUCAACGGUCGCAGCGUGGGCUACGCCGCGCGCAGGGACCCUACGGAGCUGGACCUCGGCGUGAUGCAACUGCUCCACGCGGUGUCGAUGGGCGCCGGCGUGCUCCCCGCCGACAAGACCGACCCUGUCGACGGCGAGCUCACCUACAUGCGGGCCUACUUCGACCGGGUGAUCGGGUCCAAGGAUUCCGAGACGUUCUACAUGCUCAAUCCCGACGGCAACGCCGGCCCGGAGCUCAGCAUCUUCUUCGUCAGGAUCUAA